CCUGCCGCGAGCCUCUGCUUUCCAGAAUCCAAGAUGGCGGGAUCCAGGCAAAGGGGUCCUCAGGCCAGAGUUCGGCCACUCUUCUGCGCCCUGCUACUGUCGCUUAGUCACUUCGUCCGGGGUGACGGCGUGGGAGGCUACCCCGGGUCCGCCGGUGCCGCGGGCACCCCCGCCGCGCUGCCACAUCGCCGUUUCGAGUACAAAUACAGCUUCAAGGGGCCGCACCUGGUGCAGAGCGACGGGACCGUGCCUUUCUGGGCCCACGCGGGGAAUGCCAUUCCAAGUUCAGAUCAAAUUCGAAUAGCACCAUCCUUAAAAAGCCAAAGAGGAUCAGUGUGGACAAAGACAAAAGCAGCCUUUGAGAACUGGGAAAUUGAGGUUACAUUUCGAGUGACUGGAAGAGGUCGAAUUGGAGCUGAUGGCCUGGCAGUUUGGUAUACAGAAAAUCAAGGCUUGGAGGGUCCUGUAUUUGGAUCAGCUGAUAUGUGGAAUGGUGUUGGAAUAUUCUUCGAUUCUUUUGACAAUGAUGGAAAGAAAAAUAAUCCUGCUAUAGUAAUUGUAGGCAACAAUGGACAAAUCCAUUAUGACCAUCAAAAUGAUGGUGCUAAUCAAGCUUUAGCAAGUUGCCAGAGGGAUUUUCGUAAUAAACCCUAUCCUGUCCGGGCAAAGAUUAUAUAUUACCAGAAAACAUUGACAGUAAUGAUCAAUAAUGGCUUCACACCAGAUAAAAAUGAUUAUGAAUUUUGUGCCAAAGUGGAAAAUAUGAUUAUCCCUGCACAAGGACAUUUUGGAAUAUCUGCUGCAACUGGAGGUCUUGCAGAUGACCAUGAUGUCCUUUCUUUUCUGACUUUCCAAUUGACUGAGCCUGGGAAAGAGCCACCUACACCAGAUAAAGAAAUUUCAGAAAAAGAAAAAGAAAAAUAUCAGGAGGAAUUUGAGCACUUUCAACAAGAACUGGAUAAAAAAAAAGAAGAAUUUCAGAAGGGCCACCCUGACCUUCAAGGGCAACCUGCAGAUGAAAUAUUUGAGAGUGUAGGAGAUCGUGAGCUGAGACAAGUCUUUGAAGGACAGAAUCGUAUUCAUCUUGAAAUCAAGCAGUUGAACCGACAAUUAGAUAUGAUUCUUGAUGAACAGAGAAAAUACGUCUCUUCCUUGACGGAGGAGAUCUCUAAAAGAGGAGCAGGAAUCCCAGGGCAUCAUGGACAGAUCUCUCAGCAAGAACUGGAUACCAUUGUGAACACUCAGCAUGAGAUUCUGCGACACGUAAAUGAAAUGAAGAAUUCCAUGAGUGACACCGUCAGGCUAGUCAGCAACAUCCAGCAUCCUGGGUCUGCAGGGGGCGUUUAUGAGGCCACCCAGCACUUCAAUGACAUCAAAGAGCACCUUCACGUAGUGAAGCGGGACAUAGAGUCCCUCGUGCUGCGGAACGCGCCAUCAAAUGAAAGACCAAAAUGCCCAGAACUGCCACCAUUUCCAUCAUGUUUAUCUACGGUUCACUUCGUUAUAUUCGUAGUGAUACAAUCGGUGCUAUUCAUUGGUUAUAUCAUGUAUAGGACUCAGCAAGAAGCAGCUGCCAAAAAAUUCUUUUGACCACCAUUUUCAUAUGUGUACAUCAUGUAUGUAUGUACAAAAUGUCUUUUUGAGGGACUGUAUUUAAAUUGCUUCAUAGGCUAAAUUAUUAAAUUUUGUAUAAAAUAACUUUAAACACUGAUUUGCAGUAAGAAUGAACCGCAAAGACAGCCACGUGUAAAUUUGUGCAUAGUACAUAAAAUCUAUUUAAAUUUCUCUGAAUUUCUGUCCAGUAGAAUAUAGCUGAACAGAAUAUUGAUAAAUAAGAGGAAAAGUAAUAGAAAAUGGGACAACCCCCAGAUAUGAAAGAUACCCCCAAGUCUCAGAUGUUGGAGGUUUCUUUAUUUAAUAUAAACACACUUCCCACCUGCCCCCCCCCCCCCCAAAUAUGAGGUCUAAGAGCUCUUCAUCAUGAUUAUUUUGUAACAGUCUUUUUUAAAUGUCAGAAUUUUCUCCUCUAAGACCCAGUCCCCACAAUCCUGUAAUCUAAUACUACUCCCUCUGAAAUCAAAGAAUAUGUUGUCUGAGAGCAUUAAGAUCUGGAUAAUAGUCUGCAUAAUUAUUAUUGAAAUAUUUUUCCCUCUGAUUAUCAAUUAUAUAUUUCACCUUUAAAGGAAAUUUUUGGGGGAAAUUAAGAGCUGCUCUUUGCCUUAAAAAAAAAAAUUAGGUGAAUGCAUUCCUCUGAUAAUAGUUUUUAUGGGUAUUUUGCCUGGUAAUGUGUUCAUUUCAUCAUCACUCAUAUGCUUGAAUGUCUUCAUUCUAACAGUGUCAGUUCAGUAUCAUGAAAACGUUUGCAUUUGUAUAUGUGAUUUGAGGAACUGCUCCCCUUCUAUGCAGCUUGUAAAUUCAGCUCAGGUUGCAUGUUCGGAGGAUUUUUAGUUCACAAAACCCACGUGACGUCCUAGUUUACAUUACUUCAUACAGCCUGGUGUUGCCGACUCUGCAUGCUUGUGUAAGUCAAGGAGGCUGGGUAGGAGCAGUGUUAAGAUUUUUGAAGGCAAAAUUUGAGAAAUAGAGUUAAUACUUCUGAUUCCCUUCUUUUAGUGCCAGAACUGAGGAUAUUGUGAAGUACUUGUUAGUAAGCCCGACCUUGAAAUGUCAGAAUGGAAGGAGUUGAUAUAGACUUUGUACAGAAUCCUGGGCAUUAUUGAAACAGUCUGUCAAUGACAUUUUAAAAUGCACUUAAAAAGAAAAAGACUAAAACAAAAUAAAAUGCACUUCAUUUUGUUUUCA